AUGCUGGCAUACAGGCUGGCAUUGCGCAUGGUGGGGCUUCUCCGGAUCCGAGUUCCUCAGAACAUGCUGGCUUUGCACACAGGGGGGAUGCUCCGGUUUCGAGUUCCUCACCUUAUGGUGCUUCUGUUCCGCCGCCGGUUGUUGGUGCGCCGGCUGGCACUUCUGUUGUUCUUCCGCGGGUGCUUGCCUGGUCGGCUCGGCUGGCUGGCUCCACCCGUCUUGCUCAGUGUCGAAAGGGGGCGCGGCUGGGUCGCCGUGCCGCUGCGCAACUCUGGGCUCUUUAUGGCAGAGGGCGUCUUCGUUCUCCUCGUGGGCGACUUCCUCUUGCUGGUGCUUUGGUGUGUACAGGAGGACGGCCCGCUUGUCAACAUGGCAGCGAGCUUCUCCGUGAUUCUAGCAGUAGUGGAGAUGGGGCUGUUGAUGACGAGGCUGGGGCUUGCAAUGCUUCGGCUGUGUGCUCUGACCGUGGCGCCGGUGGAGGAUCGGCGGUGGGAGCUUGUGGAGGUAUUGGGGCCGGUGGCGCUUUGGCUUGCGGCUGUGGUUGCUGCCAUGCUCUGGCUUGGUGCUCUGACCAUGGCGAUGGAUGUGGAGCUGGGCCCGUUGCCGCUUUGGCUCCCGAUGCUGGUUGUGAUCCUCUUUGUGGCGGUGCUGGCCGUGAUCCGCUCCGUGGGGGACUGGGGCAAUGACGAGGAGGCCGGGCACAACGCUGAGGAUGGGGCCGAGGAGCUUUUUCGUCAGCUGGAGCAGUUGCUGUGGGAUCGUCCUUCGGACCCUUUCGCUGCGCUGCAGCGCUUGUUGCUGGCCUGGUCGGGAGAGCGAGCUCCUCCUGCUGCUGAGGACUGGUCGGUGCAGCCGGCCCCUCGUUGGAGGCAGAGGCGUGCGGCUCAAAAGGCCGACUGGCAGGGCAUGCCUUCUGAAAGGGCUGGUGCUGGAGCCCGUGCUGGUGCUGAUGGUGAUUGGUGGGGAGGGGAGCCUUCUUCGGCGUGGGCCCCAUCCUCCUCUGCGACUGACGGCUGGCAGACUGUUAGCCGGCGCAAGCCUAAGAAGAAGCAGGGUGGGCAAGGGCAAGCGCCCCCCCCUCGCGUUGUGCAACUUGGUGUUCCCCGUGCUGCCGGCAAAGGCUCAGGCAUGACUUCGGGCAAAGGUGCCGGCAAAAGCAAAGGUGCAGGCGGCAAGGGCCAUGCGAGUGCUCCGCGUGAGUCGGCUGCCGACCCCGCUGCGUUGUUUAAACAUUGGAAGCCGCGGCCUCAGGACUGGUCUCCUUCGCCGGUCCUUGUGCAGUCUGUUGCCGAGUUCUUGCAGGACACUAGGAAGGAUGCUGUUGCCCUGGUGACCGACGCUAAUGAGCUGGAGCGCUUUCGCACUGUGGUGCAGAGCUCUGACUGCGGACCUGAUCUCACGCUCUUGGUCCCUUCUGCUCUUCUGAAAGCUGAGAGAGAGGAGUUCACCGAGGCCGAGUGGCAAGUGCAGCGAGUGCCGGGCGAUUGGCAGGGCCGGGUUCGAGUCGUUUCGCUUGCUGUGGCUCACUUUAGUGAUGAAGCUCCCCGGCUGAAGCCCGCGGCUUCUGCGCCUCAGGUACCAACGCCGCAGCAGACCGUUGUGCUUCGCGUGCAUGCAGACUGGGUCUAUGCUGGACUUGGGGAGCAAGCUUGGGAUGGAAUGACUAAGGCGCCUGGGGCUCACUUUCGGAAGUGGGCUGAUGCCGCCUUCCAAGGAUGCAAGGACACUUGGUCCUGGAGCCUUGUCAAGGGCGCUACCGUUGAGGGCCUGUGCCGCGUCAGUGCUAGCCGGGCCGCGCUUGCCAUGAGCAUGUCUGGCGCCCGCUGCGCCGGCAUGCGCUGGUUUGUCUCCAACGUGCAUCGCGAUCAGGAGCUCCCGACUGUGCCCGGGCUUACGGUACAUUGGGUUGACUGGACUGAGGGUGAGGAUUGGCCGGCUUAUGUUAGUCGGUGCAGCCGUGGUGCCCAGCCUGCUGACUUUGGGCUUGCUCGUGGGCAUCGGCAGCUUGGUGUGCGCAAGGCCUCCACUCCUGAGGACCUGGCACGGCCCAAGGUUGUGCGCAGGAGAUGGCGGGCGACCGGUGUCCCCCGUGACUGGAGCCUUGAGGACAUUCAGGGCUAUGUGACGGAGUGUGGGUUGGAGAAUGUUGAGAUUGAGGAGAGGUCUCCCUGGAGAGGCACCUCUGCUUGGAGCUUUCGGGCCUCUGCUGAGGCCGACGUUGACUUCAUGUCCUUUGUCCUUGAGGACGGUGCUCUCGAGCUGACGCGUCUUGGUGGCGACCGCCCGGUGCGCAAUGAUCGUGCUCUCCCUCUUGAGCUCAAGCAGGUCUUCAAGCCUGCUCGGCAGGGACCCAAGGACCGGCUUAAGUCUGAGCCGCCUCGUCCUGCGCGUGCUGGCGCUGAUGCUGAAGAAACGGAGGGGAACAUGGCAGUUGAUGCUGGCAAUGACCGCCCGAGGUUGGAUGAUGGCAAGUCCUUGCCGGCUUCUACCGCUGCUGUUGGAGGCCCUACCAAGCGGCCCCGAGCCGAAGCUGCUGCUUCCACUCUGCUGCUUCCCGGCGGGCUGAAGCUUUGCGACAAUGCCGGCCAGGGCGAGUGUCUCUUCUUGGCCUUGGCUGAUACGCUUCAGCAUCAGGGCCGCUCCAAGCGGAGCGCAGCGGAGUUGAGGAACUUGGUCGUGACUCAUUUGAGGAGGCACAAGGCUACUUACGCUGGCUUCUGGCGGGGUGACGCGCCGAGUGCUGAGCAGGAGCCCAUGCUCGAUGAAGGUUUUGAUGCUUAUCUCCUCAGGCUUAGCAAGCCUGGGGCCUGGGCCGGCAGCAUCGAACUCGCCGCGGCCGCGGCUACUCUUGCGCAGCAGAUCUUUGUCUUCCGGCCGAAUCCCGACCGAGCGGGCGAGUUUGACAUCCGGGUCUUCGGUGCCCCUGGCUCCAAGACGCCUCUUGCCCUUUGGUUUCGCGAUCGCCACUAUCAGGCGCUUGUGGGCGAAAGCGCUGACCUUGAGAAUGCCUCUGCGGGGGCCGUCAAAGCUGAGAUUGGUGACCCUGCUGAACGUGGUGGCGCUCCUUCUGCCGGGCGGGCUGCCUCUUCCUUGGGUGGCCGGACCCCUGCCUCGACGCUUGGUGGUUGCACUGCUGGGCCUGCUGCCCCUUCUUCCGUUGGUGGCCAGACGCGGUGCUCCCCUCCGGCUGCCCCCUCUUUGCUUGGUGGCAAGUCGCAGUCUGCCUCUACUUCUUCACGCAAGCGAGGCCGGGACGUUGUGCCUGCAGGUGCUGCCGAGGCUGAGGUGUGUGAGCCGGCUCCGAGUAAGCAUGCCAUCUGCCAGCGUAGGUUUCGUGAGAAUCCUUUGGUCCGCGGAGGCAGGCCUCGCUUUGAGUGUGAUCUCUGUGACUUUGCCUUUGAAGGCUCCAGGGCUGCUGUUACCAGUGCCAGGCACCACCACCUUGUCCGGUUUCAUGAUGGCGUUGGGUUGCCUGGGGCCAUCAGGGUCGACUAUGGUGUGUUUAGGCAACUUCGCAAAGAUGAGUGCACUGCUGAGCGCUACAAGUGGAAGUGCCCGCUGUGUCGGUUUGGGCUGCCUGAAGGUGUUGAGGUGAGCAAGCAUGCCAAGGAGAUCGCGACCGCGCGGCACAGGCAGCAGCGGCAUCCUGGCAUCACCAAUGCCGCGUUCCAGCAAGCCGCGUGUCAGCAGGCCCAGGCUCGCCAGCGUGCUUUGGCCAGGCGACGUGCUGCUGCUGCUAACAAGAAGUCUGCUGUAAGGGACGUGCCGACGACUGCGGAGGCGCGCGCCGCUUUGGCCAAGGCUGCGCCGCGGGUCCAGGCCGUGGCUUCGCUCUUUGCUGAUGAGCGCUUGGCGGUGCUUGCUUUGCAGGAGAUUGAUCUCAAUGCUCACUCGCUUGGCAAUGUCACCGCUGCCUUCCGUCGUCAUGGGCUGCAGUUCUUUGCCGGGCCGUGCGGGUCUAGAGGGCAUCGUGUUGGCCUCCUCUCCAGGCUGGAGUGUGCUCCCGUGCUCCUUGAAGGCAUCGCCGAUCCAUCGCGUGUUGCUGCAGUCACCACUGAGCUGCGGUGUGGUCACUCGAUCCGCAAGGUUGUCUUGUGCUCUCUUUACGGCCAUGCCGAGGAUGUUGAGGCGGCUUCGGCCCUUGCUCGUGACGUGCUGGUGCAGCUGAAUGCUUCGGGCUUUUCCUGGAUUGCGCUGGGCGAUUUCAAUGUGACGGUCGAGGAGGCACCUUGGGCAGGCACUCUUGCUGGCCUUCCUUUCGCCAGAGUCCUUGACAACGACUUCCUCGAGUGCGGGCCCUUGCCGGCCACCUCCCCAAGCCGCAUUCGGAGGAUCGACUACGCUGUGUCUUCCAGAUUGGUCGUUGCCACGGAGGUUUGUGGUUUUUGUGGUUGUGCUGAUCACCUGGGGACGGCUUACACCCUUGACCUUGAGUCUCCUGCCGGCUUUGUUCCGCCUGCUCGCUUGCCUUUAGCCGAGGUCGAAGUUGACGAAGCGAGGUGGGCUCGCUUCUGGCGUGCUCGUGCUCGCAGCUUUCGUGAAGCUUUGAAGGUCGACUGCACUGGGGCCUGGGAGCUCCUGUCUGCUGCUGCUGAGGAAGCGCUCGCUGGUGAGGGUGUUGAGGCUGUGCCUGGGGUGGUUGCUCGCCACGCGCUCUGGACUCCUAAACGUCCCCGGGAUAAGCAUCGGGCCGCGGCUGGCGUUGAUUCCCUCUUACUGGUUCGCCUUCGGCGCCUGCAUCGGCGGCUCGCGCAUCUUGCUCGGGUGCCCGCUGAUGCUCCCUUGCUUCGUAAAGUGCGGGGUGAUCUGCAUUGCGCUGCUGAGACCUUUCCGGAGCUUCGCGCUUUCGCUGAUGCCAAUCCGCUUGAUGCGUUGGAGUCCGUUGCCGGGAUUGUUAAGCUUGUGGCUGAUGACGAGAGGCGGGCGGCCUUGCGGCGCUGGCUCGCCACUACUUCGGACGACUUUGGUGCUCAAUGCUCCUGGGUUCGUCGCCGCUGUGCUUUGGAGGAGGCCGCUGAUCGGCCCUCUGUGCCUUUGGGGGACCUGGAUCCUCGGGUCGUCACUGCUCCUACUGAGGUGCUCAAGCAGGCCGAAUCCGAGUGGGCUCCUCGCUGGACGGCCCGUCGCGAUCGUUCCGAUGAUGCAGUGCUGCACGCGCUUCGUGCCCUCCCUGAAGUUCCUCAGUGUGCGUGGCAGGUCACUUUUGAUGGCCCGAGUCUGUGUGGCAUGGCUCGGUCCAUGAAGGGCAAGGCCCCGGGGGUGGACCAGUGGAGGGCCGAGGAGCUGUUGCUUUUGCCGCCUUCCUUCUGGCAGUCCUUGGCUGAGCUUUGGCAAAGCAUCGCUGACAGAGGCGACGUGCCGCGCCCUUGGCAGAGAGUGCGCAUUGCUUUGUUGCCCAAGCGGCAGGGAGGCACUCGGCCUCUCUCGCUCCUUUCUGUUGUUUGGAGGCUGGGUGCUAAGCACAUGUUGCACCAGCUCGAUGCUUGGGUGGGCCUUUGGCUUGACCACACUUCGUGCGGCGGUGUGCCCGCUCGGUCCGGCAAGGAUCUUGUACACCAGCUUUUGGCCGGCAUGAGGGAGCAUACGCAAUCUGCCGUGGUUGCUCAGGACUUGGCCAAGUACUUUGAUGCCAUUGACGUCAGAGACUUGAUGGUUGUGCUCAGGCGGCUUGCUGCGCCUCCCCAACUGGUUGCUGUGGUCCAGGCGCUGUACGACGGUCAGGAGCGCUUGUUCAGCCGUUCGGGCUUCCUUUCAGGGAGCUGGGUUCAGGCUUCUAGGGGGUUGUGUCAAGGUUGCCCGCUCAGCCCGUUGCUGGCAGCCGCAGUGCUUCGUGGGUGGUCUGCACUUCUUGGCACAGCUGGUGCUAGGGCUGCCUCCUUUGUCGACGACAGGUACUUUUGGGCCAGCAGCUCUGACACUCUCUGCUCUGCUAAAGCUCUGAGCGACGAGUACGACACUGCCUUUGGUUUCCACUGUGACAGCAGGAAAUGUGCCAUCGCGGCGUCUUCAGCCUCUGGCAUUGCUGGUGAAGUAGCGGCUGUCUGCGGCUACUCUCGCGUUGAGCAGCUCACGAUCCUGGGCCUCACCCUUGACUUUGGGCAGGAGGGUGCUGCUGUGCCUGCUGCUUUCGCUCUUGGCCACGUGCGUCGCAGGCUGAGGUUGGUUGCUGUGCUUACCCGCAGCUUCAUCGCGCGCCGCGCGUUGAUGCGCCGCUUGGUCAUGCCGAUGAUCACUUGGGCCGGUGCCUUUGGAGUCGUCUCUGCCGAUGAUGCCCGGGCUCUUCGACGGGACUUUCUGUUCAGGGUUGGUUCUGCUACCGCGCGGGACAAGGCAGUUCCGCUCUGCUUGGCUGUCGUGGGCUACGAGUGCGACCCGUGCUUCAUGCGCCACUGGGCGGUGCUGCAUGAGCUCAUUCGGCUCCGCUCUGGCACUCGUGCUUGGCAGGACACUGCGCCGCUUUCCGUUGCGCUGAGGCCGCUGGGGCAGACCCUGCCGAUCAUCUCUUCGAUCCUGCGGGAGCUUGGUUGGCAGCUUUCGGCUGAUGAAAGGAGCUUGCAAAGACUCGAUUCCUUGGGUGUGUGGCGCAGCUUUCGCUUUGGCUUCGAUGGGCCCCAGGUCCUUCACUCUUGGCUCGCUGACUUCCACCGCCGGGCUGACGUUAAGAGCUGUGGUAGGCUCCGGCUGGACUACCACCGGUCCGUUCAGGGCCUUGCGACUGGUCCGUCGUUGCCUGUCCCUGCUGAGCCGUUGUGCCUCUUCGCGGGCCACCACAAACUCUACGGUACGGGCUCUCGUGCAUUGGACAAGCUGUGCCUUGGCCAUGGUUGCUCGGCCUGGGAUAAGCAGAAGGCCCACCACCUGGAGGUGCUGCCGUCAUGCGUGUGUGGUCUGGAGGCACCCAGCAGGCCUCACUUGCUGUGGGGGUGCGCCCACUUUCCUCAGUGCUCUGCUGCUGUGGGGGCGCCUCGCGAUCGCAUCCAGGAGCGGUUGCUUGGCUGUGCUGUCCCUGAGUGGCCUGCCCCGCCGCCGGUGAUUGACACUUCCGACAUCGUCGAAGACCUUGCCGAGGCACUGCGCACUGCAUGGGUCCCUGAGAGGCCCUGGCUGCAUGUCGCCACCGAUGGCUCCUGUCAUGCUGAAGUUGCUUCCUUCUCGGUCGUCCUUGACCAGGGGACAGAGGUCGCUGCAGGCGUGGAGGGUGAAGACCAGUCUGCGUACAAGGCCGAGCUGAGUGCCCUUGCGCUGCUCGUUAGAGCGGCCCUCUUCCUCGACGUCGUCGGCACACUGUGGGUUGUCGUCGAUUGCAAGUCUUUGUUGGAUGCCGUGGCGGGGCGCGGAUCUCUCGGAGCUCUGGUGUCCCAGAUCACUGCUGGCAUUGCCGUGCUGAAUGCCAGGGGUUUGCUUCUUAAGCUUGAGUGGGUUCCGAGCCAUGGCAAGCCCGUGCCUGUUGGCUGGGCUGCCUCGUCCGGUGCGGCAGAGAGUUUCCUGCGGGCUCUCAACGAGCGAGCUGACCGCGUUGCUCGGCAACAUAAUGGCCGCCGCUGCCAGCAUUCAGCGCGCCUGAGGUGUCUUGCGGCGCGCGAGACUGCUCUCUGCUGGGAGGUUGCUGCCUUGCAAGCCGCCUCGCUGGUAGCUUCUCGCUGGGACGCUGGGUAA